AUGCCGUCAGCUGUUGCAAAGCCGGAGUGGCGCACGCUGCUGAUCCUGGACGAUGAGUGCCGUGUCUGGCGUGACGUUACAUCCAAGUGGCUCCGCCUGGAGGACGAGGCGCGUGGCCGACUCCUGCGGGCCUCCUCGGCCCCGGAGCCCUUCCGGAAAAAGGAGGACCUGCGCGGCUACGCCAAGCGGAACAUUGCGCACAAGGCCGGCCUGUCUUGCCUUGAGCUCGGAUUCCCUCACAUCUUCGUGAUGAUGUCCUUCCGAGUGGCCUUCUUUGCAGCCCUGAUGGCCGUGGUAGCCCUUGUGUUGCAGGGUUGUUCGGACAGCACGGACGACGUUGUGGCCGACAGCAACACCACUACCACGACCCUUGAAGAGACGAACGAGUCUGCUGCAGAGGGAAAUGCCACUACGACGCCAGUCGCAGACAACAACGCCACGACGACGGUGACUACGACUGUCGCGGAGGGCAAUUCAACCACGACCUCGCAGGAGAGCACCACAACGACAUCAACUACGGAGGCAGCGGCGGAGGAAGCAAACGCGACCAACACCUCCAAUUUGACCCUGCUGCUGUGA